CAGCCAGGGCUAUAAGGCUUUCUUAUUCACACACAAGCAAACAAUGUGAAUGUGUGUGCAUAUAUACACGUGUAUUUUUUUUCCUAGUGUUCUCGUUAAGUCCUCAUUCCCAAACUCCCACAACUGAACUAAAUGCCAUCCAAGGGGAGGAUUCCUCUUUGAGAUCCUCCCUUUGUCAAGUCCCCAGCCCUGUAAGAAUCCCAACUCCAGCAAGGUUAGGGGCAGCCACCACCUGGGCUCCCACAGCUGGGGGCCUGUGGUGGAGAGACUUUGUCCUGUGUUCUUCUGUUGUCAUGGAGAUUGGCUGGGGUCGCUGGGGCUGCUCUGGGACAGCUGGUAUUGAUUUUUAGCAUUGGCCUUGUCCUUGCGGUGACUCCUAGAGUAGGGAUCGAAAUGCAGCUCAUGGCUCCUCUGUACUUUCUCCGCACUCUCGAACUGUCUUUGGUGCUGAAAAGCAAAGGAAUGUGUGCCCUUGGUGGGUCUCCUGGCCCUCACGCUGCCCUGGCACUGCCCGGUGUCGCUUACCACGAGCACCAGGAGCCACAGGAGAAAGAUGAGAUCGUCAGAGUCAAGAACUGGAUUGGUCCACGGGCAGAGUUAAUAAAUAUGGGUCCUUGCAGCUCUCCGAACACGGGCUGGUUGCUAGAAGGGACACUUCGGUAUGCCUCUGGGUACUGCAACUACUCUCAGAAUUUGGGUUCUAUUGAACUGGGUGCAAAUUGUUCAGGACGUGGCAGUUGGUGAGGCUGGGGUGAGUCCUGUGUGGUGUUUGGGUGAGACUCUGCCCUGUGUGCUGGGCCUGAGGAGGUUCUCUUGGUUCACGUGAAGCCAGUGUCUAUCAUGUAGUCAAUACAACAUCCUCUGAUUCUGCAAGCCGGAGUGGACUCUUUUUCAUCCCAGCCUUAUCUUGCCGGGGAGCUGAGGUGUGAAGGUGGCUCUGGGCAAGGCCAGAUUAAACAUUAAAGCCGCUAUCAUCACAGCCAAGAGGAGCGCAUAACCCAGGGCCAAGGUGCAGAGCUCCUUGCUCGUCGCAGGCUGAGGACCUGGUGACCAGUAGACAUGGCUCCGUUUUCUCAGGUCCUGACCGAAAUCGGCGACUUCGGUCGCUUUCAGAUACAGCUGCUGCUGCUGCUGUGUGUCCCCAGCUUUCUGUGUGCUUUCUUCACGUUUUCCCAAGUCUUCAUGGUCCUGGAGGAGGAGAUCCACUACUGUUCAGUGGCGUGGGUCAAGAACCUCACCUUGAACCUGAGCGCUGCUGAGCAGCUGGCCUUGAGUGUGCCGCUGGACGCUGCAGGCAACCCUGAGCCCUGCCUCAUGUUCCGGCCUCCCCCUGACGGUGCCAGCCUGGAGGACAUCCUCAGCCACCGCUUCAAUGAGACACAGCCUUGCGAGGCGGGCUGGGACUAUCCUGAACACAGGCCCCUGUCCCUGAAGCGCGAGUUCAACCUGGUGUGUGACCGGAAGCACCUGAAGGAGACCUCGCAGUCAGUGUACAUGUCGGGGCUCCUUGUCGGCGCUUUCAUCUUCGGGCCCCUCUGUGACCGGAUUGGUCGAAAACCUAGUACCCUGAUACAGAUGCUGCUGUUCGCCCUCAUCGGCCUGGCCACGGCCUUUGUGCCCAGCUUUGACCUCUACCUGGUCAUGCGCUUUGCUGUGGCCACUGCCGUCGCUGGGUAUGCCGUAACCAAUUCCAGCUUACUUGCAGAGUGGGUGGGGCCCUCGAGGCGGACUCAGGCCAUGGUCCUGUGCCACUGCGGCUUCUCCAUUGGGCAGAUAGCCCUCGCGGGACUUGCCUACGGCGUCCGCAACUGGAGGCUCUUCCAGAUCACCAGCACCGCACCCAUCUUUCUGCUCUUCUUCUACUUCUGGGUUCUGCCAGAGUCUGCCCGGUGGCUCCUGACCCGGGGCAGGGUCGAGGAGGCUAAACGAUUGAUCCAGAAGGCGGCCUCAGUCAACAGGCGGAAGCUCUCCCCAGAGCUGCUGAGCCAGCUGGCCCUAGAGAAGACAGGCCCCUCAGGGAAUGCCCUGGAUCUGUUCAGACACCCCCAGCUCCGGAAGGUGACCCUGAUUCUCUUCUUUGUCUGGUUUGUGGACAGCCUGGGAUACUACGGCCUGAGCCUCCAAGUGGGGGACUUUGGCCUGGACAUCUACCUCACCCAGCUCAUCUUCGGAGCAGUGGAGUUGCCCGCCCGCUACUCCAGCACCUUCAUAAUGCAGACGUUCGGCCGCAGGUGGAGCCAGCUGGGGGCUCUGGUCAUGGGUGGCCUCAUGUGCAUCACCAUCAUCUUCAUCCCAGCAGAUCUGCCCGUAGUGAGCACUGUGCUGGCCGUUCUGGGGAAGUUCGCCACAGCCGCUGGGUUCAUGAUCUCCUACGUGUACACCGCUGAGCUCUUCCCUACCAUCAUCAGGCAGACGGGCAUGGGGCUGGUGGCCAUCUUCUCGAGGAUCGGGGGCAUCGUCACGCCCCUGGUGAUGCUGCUGGGUGACGUCCACAAGGCCCUCCCCAUGGUGGUCUACGGCAGCCUCCCCAUCGGGGUGGGCUUACUCUGUUUGCUGCUGCCCGAGACACGGGGCCAGCCCAUGAAGGACACCAUCCAGGACCUGGAGCAGGGGCCGCGCCCACGGACCCUGGAGGCAGAGCCCCCCGAACAUGGGGCACAGGCCUCAGGAAGAACGUCCAGCCCGGGGGUGGCUGUCGUGGGCAGCACACAAUUCUGAUUUCACUCCCCUGGACACG